CACGUUGCCUUGAGGAGCACAAAGCAAUCAAAAUGGCGAGAGUACACUGUUUGGUUGUCGUGCCUUUCAUUUUCUUAUGUAUCUUUGUUGUUAAAGUUCAUUCCCUAUCAUUUACACUCUCGGCUGGAACAAAAAAGUGUUUGCGCGAGGAAGUUCACAAGGAUGUAUUGGUUACAGGAGAAUUUAGGCUUUCUGAAGCGCCUAUCAAAACACAUCUAACGGUUGUUGAUACAAACAAUCAUGUAUUGUACAAAAAGCAAGAUGCACAGAAGGGAAAAUUCGCCUUUACCACUGAUGACUAUGAUAUGUUUGAAGUCUGUUUUGAGAGUGAAGGUCAGCAUGGUCAAGGAAUUGAUAGGGAAAUCUUCCUUGAUGUGAAAACUGGAGUGGAAGCUAAGAAUUAUGAUGAUCUUGCAAAGGUAGAAAAACUAAAGCCAAUGGAAUUGGAACUCAAAAAAUUAGAAGAUUUAUCAGAGGCUAUUGUCAAUGACUUUGCUUAUAUGAGGUCAAGAGAAGAGGAGAUGAGGGAUACAAAUGAAUCAACAAAUGCACGGGUGCUGUACUUCAGUGUGUUCUCAAUGCUUUGUCUAGUUGGACUUGCCGCAUGGCAAAUUUUCUACCUAAGAAGAUUCUUUAUUUCAAAGAAGCUCAUUGAAAAUUAGAUGAAGAUAAUUUGUGUAUGGCCUACUUUGUUUAAAUUGCUCCUUUCUAUGCAAGUCUUCUUUUCUCUUCAGCUCUUCUUAAGUAUAUUGACAUGUCUUUCUUUGUGAGCUACUGAAUAAAGAUACUGGAAGCCAUAUCGAUCAUGCUACAUUCCAGUGCAAAAGUUGAGAACUGGAACUGAGGGUUUGGAUUUUUAAUACCUGCGUAUGUAGCUAUAAGAUCUGUAGAAAAGGUUUUUUAGAAAAGAAAUUGAAAGAUUGGUCCCUUUGGAGCUUCUCUCCUUUGGAAUUCACUUCAUAUUUCCUCUUCAUAUUCCAUUGUUCUUAGCUACUGCUUUGUAAAUGUCAAUCCAUGCUAGUCGUAAAAUUUAUUUUCAUUGUUCAUUUCUUUGGUCAAAUUUGUUGUUUAAAUGUAUUAAGAUAAAACCAUGCACUUAC